AUGUCCCUCGUCGACGAGGACAUGCAGCUCCUCCAGCAGCUCCUCUCCCUCUCCGACAAAAUCGACGAGAUCAAGUCGGGCAUGCGGCGGUGUCGCAGCGAGCGCAAGCUGUCCGCCGCGGCGUCGAGUAGCGAUGAGGAGGACCGGCCAUUGGAUCCACUCCCCUCUGAAGGUUCCGCCGUGACCAACCUGUACGUCGACAGCGAAGCGCCGCAGUACUUCUCGCGCAAAAACUCGGUCCUCCGCAUCCCGAUCCCACCCCGGUCCAGCAACCGCUUCAACCGGAGACCGCCCCGCCGUACCUCCGAAGCCCUCAAAAUCAGCGUUGGGAAGCUGCGCGAGGAGACCGACGAGCUGGUCCAAUCCGAGAAUUCCGAUGAACCCAUCUCCCCGGCCCUCACAUAUUCCCACUCGUCGGCCAGUAGCUGCACAAGUGGCUCCAUCAUCGCCAAGAAGACGCGCUCCUCGCACUCGUCGAUCGACUCCGGUCUUCCGCCAACCCCUACUGAAUCUGAU